AUGGUUGAAUUAAAGAGUAGUAAUUAAUAACAUGAUAAUAGUUAAGAGGAGGAAAAGAUUACUGAGCUGAAUCAAAUCAUUCAAGAAAGAGAUACUGAGAUGAGAAAGUAACUGCAUAAUCAUAUUUAGAUUCUUAAGGGAAAUAUAAGGGUCUAUUGUAGAGUUAAGCCUUUGUUAGCAAGCAGAUUGUCCUAAAAUUUCUCAUCUAUGGAUUAGGUCAAGUCAUCUAUUGAGUUCCCACAGAGGUUAAGAGAUGAACUUCAAACCUAAUUGGAAGUAAAUGGAACUGAUUAGUAGUCAAAGUUAUUUCACUUUGAUUGUGUGUUCCCUCAUGAAAGCACAUAGACUUAAAUCUUUAAUGAAGUUAAGCCAUUUAUAUAAACUGCUUUGGAUGGGGAAAAUGUUUGUAUAUUUGCGUACGGUUAAACUGGGUCUGGUAAGACUUAUACUAUGGAAGGACCAGACUAUGGAUACAUGCAAGAUGACAAUUGCUAUUAAAUAAAUGACUGUAGUGGUAUUAUUCCAAGAGCUGCUAAUUUCAUAUUCUCCGAAAUAGAUAGAAUCAAGGCACAAUUUAAAAGGGAGUAUCAUAUUGAAAUAUCAUCGAUGGAGAUCUAUUGUGAGAAUCUCAGAGAUUUGUAUAACGAUUAAGUAGAUUAGCAAUUAAAUCUUGUGAGUGUUAAGAACAAGAUUUUAAUUUAAGGUCAAUCAUGGAAAAAAGUAGAAAAUAUUAAUGAUUUUUUGAAACUUGUGCAAAUAUCCUCUGCUAAACGAGUCACAAGUAGUAACGGUGUGAAUGAGCAUUCUUCAAGGAGCCAUCAUAUCUUUCAAAUCAAAAUCCUGGGAUAAAAUAAAAGUUUCGAGUCUGUUGAGAGUCUUCUUAAUAUCAUAGAUCUGGCAGGUUCUGAAAGAAGAUCCAAUAUAUCAGCAGCUGCACCAACGACAAAUGGAACAGCAUAAUAGAGUUUAGAUAGGAAGCCUACGAUUUCAAAGCCUAAAGUGGCUGAUAAAAACUUUCAUUAAUCUAAAACAAUCAAUAAGAAACCAGUAAAUAAAGGAAAACAAGAUCUUAAUGAUAGCUUCAAAGCCGAGUAACAGCAAUAAAUACUAGAAUAAGAAUCUGUUUCUAUCAACAAGAGUCUCACAACAUUGGGAAGAGUUUUCAUGAUGAUUGCAGAUAGGAAGUGCAAAUCAAAGCAGAAUCCACCAUAUAGAGAAUCUAAACUUACCCGUAUUCUUUAAGAUUGCCUUACCUCAGAGACCAAAACCUUGAUGAUUGUUAAUAUUUGCUCAGGGAAUGAAAAUAUUCAAUAAACUAAGGAAUCUUUAAAUUUCGCUUCUCAAGCUAUGCUUGCUUACUGA